AUGCUCGCAAACUACGAUGAAGAAGAACCACAAAAGCAAUGUGAGAAAGAACAAGAAACCUCAUCCACCCUUAAUGAGACAGAUAUAGAGCUUGAAAAGAAGAGAGCGGACGCAGCUAUCAAAAUUCAAACUCAAAUACGGUCGUUCUUGGCAAGAAAAAAAGCUUCCGUUGUGGCCCAAGCCAAGAAGCGAUUGUUUGAGCAAGAAUUAGAACAAGAACGAAGGGAGUAUGAAAAAGCUAAAGAGGAACGAAAGAAAUUGAAACUUGAAACAGCUGCUCUUAACAUUCAAGCUCUGUGGAGAGCAUUUUCCAUAAGGAGAGACACUUCUCAGUUGAAGAAACAGCACGAUGCCGCUGUCAAGAUUCAAUGCAUGGUUAGACAAAGAUUGUCUCGUGUCAGGGCGGAAAGAGCCAAGAAACAAAAACAGGCCGAGCUGGAGAAAUUUUUGGAAGAGGAAAGAAAGAUGUAUGCUGAUCUAUUGAAUUCACUUUAA